UGAGGCCAGAAGACCUGUAGAAAAGGAGUUGGAUUUUCAUAGUUCAUGAAUGUUUAAAGAGUAUCUAGUUAGUAUACAACAUGCUUUUCAUUUGUUUUGUCUACCGUAUCACUGUAUUGAUAAACAACUUUACACACAGGAGCAGGAAACGGGCAAGUUGAUGGCCCUAAACUUAAGGAGACAACUACCUCAAACAAUGAAGUGGCGGUUUCUCCGGGGAAUUCCAAGAAAGAUGGGAGGCAAAAGAAACUGAAGCCAGACGAUGCUGGAAACAAAACGCCUAUGCACCAUCAGGGUGGAAACCUUGGCGGAGAAUCUGAAGAACAGACAGCACGGCGAGUAAAAGUCAUGCAAACGCUUGGUCUGGUUCGGCCUUUUGGGUCUCCAUUCUGAAGCUUUCUGGUUGGAUUUUGGUGGCGAUAACCUUUCGAGACCCAAUUAAUCUUUUGCUAGUAGUAAAGUGUGCUGUCAAAGUCUUCAUUCGUUAACUUACCUGGGGAUAAAAUGUCUGUUUAGCUAAUCAUAGGUGCGCCCUGGCAAUGGCGUCCAUAGCUUAUGACAGAAUUCAGUCAAACUCAAACGAUGUUUGUCAUGAACACUUUUUAACAGCACUUGUUCUGUGCCUACAUUUUGAGACUCACGCAACUGAUAUUGUGAAGAGUUCCUUUCUUUCUCAUACAUUUGGGGAAAGAAACUGUAACUGAAGAUCGCAGAGACCUUUCUUUCGUGUGCCAAAUGGCCUCACUUUUAGUGAACUUGAC